AUAACAUGGUUAAUUCUUUUUUUUAAGAUGGCGGCCUUCAGACAUUUCAGGUCCAAAAAUAUCUUCUUGUCAGAUCCUUCAAGACAGGUGAUCAAGAAAGGAAAGUAUGGUCAGAUUUUCUUAGGAAACAAAGCUGUUAAGGGAGUGCUGAGCAGGUACUUGAGUGAAUCUGCCACCAAUGAAAAACCAACUGACCAUGAGGAUGCAGCAGAACUUCCAGAGAGUGAGUCCAGUGGUAAAGGAUCAGUUGUUGAUCUUGGAGACCUUCAUCCUGCUGAUCACAUGAAGUCCAAUAUUGGUCAAUUUUACACCGUCCCACAGGACAUUUCAAGUAGAGUUCUCUCCUACUUCUUCACAAAGAGAUUUCAAACAGAGUUUGAAAUGGCAGGCAGCACAAGUUUGAUGAUAAGAAGCCCUGCUCUGGAGGUGAUACAGCAUCUGAAAGACUUACCAGAAAAGAGCCAUCCUCCACCAAAGUUUAUUUUCUAUGGUGAUGAUGGACGUGGAAAAUCUUUAUCACUUAUUCAUGUUCUCCAUUAUUGUUUUUCUGCUGGAUGGUUCAUUCUUCCUGUACCAAGUGUAUUUAGCUGGGUGCAUGGACCAUCUGAAUUGCAAGUGUCAACAUAUCACGCAGAUAGAUUUGACCAACCAAAGCCAGCAAAUUCCUGGCUUCAGAUGUGCAAAGCAAUCAAUGGCAGGGCCCUUGCUGAGGUCCAGUUAAACAAUCAAUAUCUUGUUGGCAAGAAAGAUGUAAUAGAAAAAGGAGAGCCACUAGGAAAAAUUGUAGAUACCGGUCUUAGGAGAGCAAAUUUUACCUCUGAUGCUGUAGGCAUAUUACUGAAAGAAAUAAGGAGUAACCCCAGUUUGCGAGUGCUAUUUGCUGUGAACGAGUUCAAUGGAUUUUUCUUAAAAACCACCCUCAAGGAUGUCAAACAAAAAUGGAUAAAACCCAAGAGGCUGAGUUUGGUACAUCACUUUACAGAACUCCUUCAUCCUACUGAAGGACUGAAAAAUGGAGCUAUGGUGUUCGCGUUAUCACGCACAGGAAUGUUGAGAAGUGACAUCAAGUCUUAUGAGAUACCAGACCUCAUUGGACAGAGAGGUUUAACAGCAGUCCAGGAUUCCAUUAACAUCGAGGUUCCCCAUUACUCUAGAGAAGAACUUGAGUCUUGUCUUCAGUUUUACAAGGAGAGAGGAAUUCUAACAAAAGAAUUAAACUCUCAGCUUGUAAAGGAGAUCGCCUUUCUCACUGCUUACGAGCCACCGAUUGUAAGUCACUUGUGUAGGAGAUUCUGAACAUUUAAAUGAACAUUUGUCCGUAAGUAACUAAAGCAAAUUGUAAAUAAUAAAACAAAGCUUGAAACUUCAA